UCAAACGCGACGAGGUCUUGCUCAGCUCCCUCGAAAAUGGCAUCAUUUUCCUUGUAUCAGUUGUCAAACGCGAGCCGUAGACUUUCCUUGAACCUUUUACGUCAACAUCGAAACACACUCGCGGUUUCUAGACGACAACCUAGCCCAAUUCGCCUCCUCUCUCUCCAGCAACCAAGAUUUCUUCACACCGGUGACGAUGCGAAGUCAGACCAAUCAACACAAGUCAGCAGCGAUAUUGCUGCUGAGGGGGGUACCAAACCCGACAGUUCCUACAAGACGAGUGAUGAUGUGGCGCCUAUCAAAGACGAAUCGACUCAAGCGGACAACGAUGUUACCAGAGACCAAGACGUCGGUGACAGUGAUGCCCCGACCCUAGAUCUUCCUAUCCUAUCCUCAGACCCAAGAGAUGAGCCCAAGGUUAAAGGAAGGCCAUGGACCGAGGAGGAAUUGGCCCAGCUCGAAGGGUUCAUUAAACGGCCAAUAUUUAGUCUAGACUACAUCGCAAUUCGGAUGGACCGAAGUAUUUUCAGUGUCAGGGCCCAGCUCAGACAGAUUCAAGAACGGAAGGGAAUCGAUAUCCUGCGCCGAAGUCGUCCACGAACUCCAUGGCAACACCCAAUGGAUGCUACCCCAGAGCGAGUCGCAGUAUUCGAAGCGAAGCAAGACGAAGUGCAAAAGCGUAUGGAACACAUUGUCGAAACACUCAUGACCUUGCCAAAGACCGACCAGUGGGAGGAAAUUCUCAAGUUGAAAUCUGCCUCGGAAUGGGCAUCAGCGAUUAUGAAACUAAUACCACUGCGAACCUGGCACAUCUUGGCCGCCGACCACCCGCCGACCGAGGAGGAAUACAUGACCAUAACAAUGGUUGAUCGGUAUAAAAUGAUUGGGGUGUUCGCCCAAAUCCACCAACGCAAGGUAUACGUAGGCUUAGCUGAGGUGCCAUUUGGCGUGCUGGCGCCGUCUGAUUCCAAAGAUUCCCAGCAACAAGACGCAACAAAGAAGAAGCCCCAAGAGGUAAACAAGAAAAGGCACAUGGGAUCGAUCGUCCCGUUGAUCCCAGUGUCUUUAUUAGGCUCUAAUCAACUUACCUUCGAGGAAAAGGUUGAGCAGAAGUAUGUACUUGGACUUGCCAGGGCGACGCUCGCGGCAUGGCUUGGGGCAAAUCACGUAGACGCAUCUCCUGCUCUCCGCCAGUUGUAUGCCUGGAAGAAUAUAAUAUCGAAGGGACACCCUUUUGGUAGGAAUCCUUGCAACCCGCUCGAGCAGAGGCUCCGUCUUCCGUCGACGCCAGAGGAAAGUGCUGCUAGAAAGGCCAGUCUUGUGGAGGCGCGGAAACGUGAGGUAGAGGAGACGGGGAAGACAGAGGAGGAAUUGAAAAAGUCAGAGACACCAAAGCCCUUUAAGAAGUGAGCUUCUGAUGCUGGGGGAAACCCUGAGGAUCCAUAUAAGAGUCAUCGGUAGAAAAAGCGUAUAAUUUGCUAGUUAAGAGCCAGUCGUUAGGCAGUGUAGGUAUGAGUAGAGGCAAUGAACCCUGUCAUGCCAUGCCAUGUCCUCUUGUUUCUCUUCCCGAUCCCCAAGAGCACUCAACAGAACUGAGACCCGAUUC